CACCCCAGCAGUGUAAUCCAUUCCAUUUUAGGAUCUGGGACCACCGCUGCAAUUAUUCCGCCUUACGUACUCGAGCAGAUAUCAAUUCGAUUCCUCCAAUCUCCAUUCCCUCCACCACCGCAUCCUCACCGCUGAUGCAGAGGACCAUCACCAACUCUUAUCGUCUUUUCUCGCGUCUGCAAGGCCCCCUUUUCCAGCCUGCGCUCGAGUAUUCUUGAACAUCUCGAGAGUGUCAGAUCGGGCAUCGGCCCAGGGGUCGUGAACACGAGCGUCAGCUUGGACAAAAUCAUUGCGAGCGCCAAACUGGCAACACCAACGCCAUCAUCCAAAUUCGACCACCAAAUACUACGGUCGCUGUUCCUUCACGAUGUUGCCGCGGCACCACGCGAAAGCAGAUGCGUAUUCCAAUGGCUAUCCGCGAUCGAAAGACAAGACCACAUAUUCCAUAUCUCCUCAUAGGUAUGCUCAACGCCCGUCUCUGAGUUUCGACGCAAACACCCUUCAGAACCUAAUUAACCUGUCCGCGCGAGUAGAUUUCAACCUAGAGCAUCCCCGCCUGCUCUGCGAAGGAGGCGGCAACUUUUGUUUCGAUUAUGCAUCAUUUUAGCCAUCGGUUUAUUCGCAUUUUUUAUAUGGCCAGGUGCCUCGAUACUGUCCAUUCUGUCACUCGGAUUUAUAUCUACUGGAGAGGACUUUCAGUUGGAAACUGUGCGAUACUAUGACUUAUCUAACGUUCAGGGAACUGCGCGGGGUUGGGAAAGAGAAGAACGUAUUCUACUAUGUGCCCCCCUACGAGACGCCGAAUCCCAUCUUCGAAUGUUCUUCUCGCAUCUUCACAACUUCACGUAUCCUCAUCACCUUAUAGAUCUCGCAUUCUUGGUAUCAGAUUCGAAGGAUCGAACACUCCCCCUACUUUCGGAGUUAUUGGAGGCUCUGCAGGCCGACGAGGACCCAAAAAUGCCGUAUGGCGAGAUUUCAAUCAUUGAGAAGGAUUUUGGACAAAAGGUUAACCAGGAUGUUGAAAGUCGUCACGGAUUUGCAGCGCAAGCAAGCCGGAGAAAGUUGAUGGCGCAGGCAAGAAACUGGCUACUGAGCGCAGCCUUGCGUCCAUACCACAGCUGGGUAUAUUGGAGGGAUGUCGAUGUGGAGACUGCACCCUUUACUAUCUUGGAAGAUCUCAUGCGCCACAAUAAGGAUGUCAUUGUGCCAAGUAUGUUUCAAUUCUCUGGUAUCCCCUUAACAUUCUAACCUUACCAGAUGUUUGGCGACCCCUCCCUGACUGGCUUGGUGGCGAACAACCUUAUGAUUUGAAUUCCUGGCAGGAAUCGGAGACGGCGUUAGCACUCGCGGACACACUCGACGAAGACGCAGUUAUUGUGGAAGGUUACGCAGAGUACGCUACAUGGAGGCCUCAUCUUGCUUAUCUACGAGACCCAUACGGGGACCCUGACAUGGAAAUGGACAUUGAUGGAGUCGGAGGUGUCAGUAUUCUAGCCAAGGCCAAAGUGUUCAGAUCAGGCGUACAUUUCCCGGCAUUUAGUUUCCAAAAACACGCUGAGACUGAGGGAUUCGGAAAGGUAUGUAAUGAAUUGAAGAAAGAACCUGUUCAAAUACUGACCAAAGCUAGAUGGCCAAACGCAUGCAAUUCUCUGUUGUUGGGUUACCGCAUUAUACCAUAUGGCAUUUGUAUGAGCCUAGUGUCGACGAUAUUCGUCAUAUGGAGGUCUGUAUUUCAUGCUUGUCUUUUGUCGAUGUAUCGCUGACUUCCGAAUAGGAAAUGGAAGAGGAGCGAAAAGCUCGUGAAAGAGAAGAACAGGAAAAACUCGAUCGAGUGAAGAAAAUCAAAGAUCAGUUUGUGGAUACAGGCAGUCAAUGGGAAAAAGACAAAACUGGGAUCCAGAACGAGGCCAUGAAAGAGAAGAAGGAGAAGGAGAAAAAGGAGAAGGAGAAAAAGGAGAAGGAGAGAAAAGAGGCCGCCGCCGCCGCCGCAGCAGCAUCAGCACCUGAUGAAGAAGCCAGGAAGGCCAAAACGCUUGAAGCUGCGAGGGAGGCAGGCAAGCCGCAGGGCAACCCGCAGUGAAGUGGGAGUGAGGUAAGGACUUGUAACCUGUUCCUGUUUUCUCUUGCUAAUGGAACAGGCCCAAAUGUUCAAGUACACAUUUACUUGAUCAAGUGUAAAUCAUUACCCCUUACACGUUGAGGUAACCUCAGGGUUCGCUUCAAGAAGAUACCCGAAUCAAGAGGUCAAUGGUAUCAUAGACUUGGUCAGGGCACGGAAGGAUAAGGCGUUUGAAAUUGCAUAGGCUGUGAUCUGAUGACCCCAGCAUUCUUGUUCAUUUGAGCAGCAGAAGCUCAUUUUCUGUAGUGUAAUCUGCCGGGUUGUAAAAGUAUAGACGAGAUCAAACCUAAAUACGAGUAAUAGGAAUUACAUAACAGGAGGACUGGAAAUGUCAUAACUUUGAGAU